AUGGGCGUGCGUGCGGGGAGUGUGGUUUGGCACUGGCGGGCGAGGGCGUGGGUGGAGCAGGGAUCUCUUACUGGGAUUGAGUUCUCGGGCGCUGUCGAGGACGAAGACAGAACGACGGUCCUUUUGCAACUCUCUGGAAAGCGGCCCGCCCUUGCAGGCAGGUGCAACGCGAGUCCCAGGGUACACGUGCUGCUCUUGGAACGAAAUGCCGUGUUGCCAAGUUCUCCCCCCCCCCUUCUCACCGGUGUGCACAGUGACGUGGACUGCAAUGCGGCAUCAACUCGGUUCGAAAUCCCGCGGUUGAAAGUCUUACAGGCGGAACUCCACAAGGGCGAUUAUCGCUUGCUCUCGUCAGGCUGCCAGCCAGUCUCGCUCCAGCCCGUGCGAAGUGAGGUCACGCCGCGCUCCGCUCCCCGUAGGAAACCCCGAGUCUCACGGUCCUCGGUUUUGCGUUCUCGAAGCCUCAGACUCACGCGGGAGGAGCUUGUUUCCUCAGCCGGUACCAUUGUAGGAGGUGUGGUGCUCUAUGGAAAGGAUAAGAGCAGGAGAAGUUGUCACACUCCUCUGUGCGGUGUGGACAGGCAGUGGCGCAGCUGGGACAUGUCUCUCCAUGAGGGAGGGCAUACCGCAAUAACCAAGGCCUGGGUUACAUCGAAACCGUGCAAGAAAAAAAAGUGCGGCAGAAAGCCUUCCAAUCCUAAACGCCCCGCCCCCUCGUGCGAGCGGGAGCGCGAGGCCCUGCUCCGAGUGGCGGAAAACGACGGCAAUAAGAACUUCUUCAUCCCCGAGUGCGCCGCCAACGGGAAGUACCGGGCUAUCCAGUGCCACCGGACGUCGCAGGACGAUAACGUCACGGAAUACUGCUUCUGCAUGGACACGGAGACGGGAAACAGCCUGGACGGCACGGGCGUCACCAAUGGCACGCCUGACUGCUCUCGGCCGUUCCCCCACGUCCGCGAAUGGCUGGGUUGUACAGGGAAAACCAAAAAAAAAUUCUUGACAGACCUUCAGGAAUACUUGAUGAGUAAGGCAGAUAGUGUGGACAGAAAUGCAGGUGUCGACCUCACCACCCAAUCUAGGGAGGAGUAUGCCGCUGUCUACCAUUUUAGAAACCUUGACAAGAAUGGUGAUAAAGUUCUCGAGAGGAAGGAGAAAAAAGCUGCUAAAGAAUUCUUAACAAGUGUCCCAAAGCUGAAAAGAUGUGGCAGAAGAAUCACUAGAUACUGUGAUGUGGACAAAAACCGGAAGAUCUCCUUAGAAGAGUGGGUAGCCUGCAUUGUGGUCCCGGAAAACACUGGUAGCAGCAGUGGUGGUGGUGUUCAUAAUGAGGGAAGAAGAAGAAUUGAGGACAACCCAAUUCUUAUACACCUCACACCAGAGGACAAGAGUCGGGGCAAGACCAGAUCAACCCAUUUGAGGUCAUCCUCAAGCCAGAAGAUGUAUGAGGAAGAGUGAAAAAAAAAAAAAAAGAUGAUAAAGAUAAAAGAAAGAACAAAGAAAAAGUGAUCAGAGUAUCUGGACUAGUGCUUUGUGGCAGGGGAUAAAAUUGCAGCAUAUUGAAGGAAAUUGAAUGUACCAUUUUCUAUUAUUUUUAACCUGAAAUGCUGAUAGUAUAUCAAUUAUUAAGAUUAAUGAAAGAUUAAGCAAAACAUUUUUUUUUUCUUUCUUAGGCAUAAAUAAUACCAGA